AUGGAAUCCGCUCAAAUCCUAGGUGGGACCCCUGCGCCAUAUGGCCAUGCAUGUAUGGGCUGUUCCCGUGCGAAGUGCAAAUGCAUUCUUCCUGCAACUGGUAGUGGCUGCGAAAGAUGCCAGCGCCUGAGCAAGGAAUGUCGGCCUGCGCAGACAGUCCGCAAGCGCAAUAAGCUACCCUCGGGCUCUAAUACUGCCAAGCUCGAGGCCAAACUUGAUUGGAUUAUGUCCGCGUUUGAGAAGGGUGGUGUCAACCCCGGUCUUCCUCCAAAUUGGGAACCCGUAAACCUAGGACGGAGUCAACAGAAUGACCAAAGCCAAUCUGCCCCAAGCACUCAAACCCUAACUAGUCUUUCUUCUCUUUCAACUGCCAAGGAUGGACGGUGCCUUAUAGACUUUGUACCCUCGUGUGAUAGGGAGGCCUUGUCCCUGAUCUACGUCCCGCCCGCCAUGGCUCAGAAGAACCUCGACCAAUUCCGCACUCGGACCUUGCAAUAUCUCCCCUUUGUCUACAUUCCUUCUAAUAUAACCUCUGACCAAUUGCGAGAUAAAUAUCCAUUCCUUUGGGUAUGCAUUAUGGAAGUGACCACGGCGACAAAUCUAGAAAAAGGCGACUCUUUCGGAAGAAUUACCAACUAUAUUCAUCAGAAAGUUAUGAUUGACGUUGCGCCGAGCAUGGAUCUUCUCCUUGGGAUCAUGACUUUCGUAUCAUGCGUUACAUACACUAAAAGACCGUUUCUCAAUAUCUAUGCACACAUGCUAAUGGCAGUUGUUGCCGAGCUUGGGAUCAACAAAAGUGAACAAAAUGAGCAUUCAGUCAUGCAUUCUUUCAAAAUCGCUAUUGGAAUGAAGCAAACUCCACCCACAGCUAGAACACUCGAAGAGAGGAGGGCUGUGAUGGGAUGCUUUUUGAUUUCAUCAUGCUCUACUAUCAGCGCCGCAUUGGCAGUGUCUAGGAUUGAUGCUAUGCGCUGGACACCGCACAUGGAAGAGAGUCUUUCAAUACUCGCUGAGGCUAAAGAGUGCCCCCAGGAUGAGAUCCUGAUUAUACAAGUCAAGAUCCAUUUGAUCUUAGACAGAGUCUAUCAACUGCGGCGGGAUGGCGAGGCUUUUAUCUCGCUAGCCUUCUACCUGGAUACCUUCAAAAAACAAUUAGACACAGUGAAGAGUGAGAUUCCGCCUCACCUUCUACAGCACAGAGCAAUACUGAUGUAUCUCUACAAUGCCGAAAUCAUAAUCAACGAACUAUCAAUAGAAGCUCCCGCCAUUGCAAAUUCGCCUGAUCUCCAUCGCCUCAACAGCCUUUACACCACCCUCCAAGCAUCAAAAGGCUGGCUAGAUGUAUGGCUAGAACUUGAAGGAGAGGAGUAUUUCCAGCUAUCAUGCAUCAUUUUUUACCAAUUCACUCGAGCCAUUGUCACCCUAUACAAGCUCACCAUUCUUGAAGAUCCGGCAUGGUCCAAGAGUAUGGUCAGAGACACGGCAAAUGUCCUCGAAUACCUGAACAGAAACGAGGCCAUCAUCAGAAAGUGCCCAGGAUAUAUCACUUUCAAUGAAAGCGGGGAAAUGAAUCUCCUGGAAAAGGGAUUGAGAAUGAUUCACAGCUUGAAAAUGAACUGGGAACCGAAGUUGAUGGAAAUGUGGGGCCUAAGUAUACCAGCGAACACCAGCGUCGAUAGUGGCAUGAUUCAGUCUGAUGCUAUACUCCCUGAUGUUAUGGCUUUGGGCGAGAUUGAUGAGUCCUGGAUGAUGGACUUACUUGGGUCGUUGUGA